GCCCAGCCUCCGAUUUCAGCGCUGGCAGGAGAUAACCAUUCUUAGCUCGCCUUUCCAGGGUUAUUUUUGGCUGAGGCUGUUCGCUGAUGGCAAAAGGUUUCAGCCCCUCCCAAAUCCCUCCCCGUGCUUGUUCUAAAGAGAAACUGGUGCGUGUAGGCUGCGCACUCCCAGGGAGACAGGGAGACGGGCCUGGCGCCGGAGAGGAACCCGGACUCUGCCCAAAGUCUCGCCGCCCGCCGGCUGUUUUCUGGCGGAGGGUGUGCCCCGGAGGGCGGCGAUCCCGCGUGAAGGCUGGGGCCAGGCACGGGUGCAGGCGUCACCGGGGUCGGGCUAGCAGGCCCUGGAAUCAGGCUUUUGGGACAACCCGAAAGUGAGUCCAACUUGGGGAGAAACUGAGGGCACCUCAGGCGGUCUGGCAGCGGAGAAGGUGGGCAGGAGAAAACUUUACAGGAAGGCAGAAGCAAUCUCCGCCGAGGGAGUCAGCGAGCGGCCACGUGGAGAGGAGGGGCGGGCGGUCCCCAGGCGGGCGGGCGCAGGGCGCAGGGUGCUGACCUGCCGGAUAGGGGGCCCCGUCGUGAGGCAGAGUCCCGGUGCGCGGCCAGGUUGGCGGAGGCCCCCGGCAGGCUGCAGAUUCCCUCCGGCCCCGGGAGCCUCAGCAGGACCGGCCAGGAGGCGCCACGGAGGGGAGCCCCAUCCCGGUGCUGACAGUGCCCACCGUGCCCUACGAGGACCGGUGGCCGGCCGGCGGCGGGGGUCUGCGGUGACCUACCGGCCUCUUCGAGGGCCAGUGCAACUACCUGCCCAACUUCAUCCAGAGCGUGCUGUCGUCCAUCGACCUGCGCGACCAUCGGGGCUGCACCACGGUGGUGGGCAGCAACGGCAGGUACUUUAGCAGGACGGCCGUCGAGAUCAUGGUGCAGAUGUCCGCGGCCAAUGGGGUCCAGCAGCAUCACAAGGACAUCUACAAGAGGGAUACCUAACUUCAGGGGUCUCUGAAUGAUAUGUGGGAAACAUCGUCUAAAAAGAUGGAAUUUUACUGUGUCAAGAAGCAUUGAAUGCUGAGCGGGAGCUAUGUCAUCCAGAUACAGAUCUCUGCAGAUUUGAUGCUACAGAUGAAGAGUUGAGAUUGUGUCAGGCCUGUGGGUUUGAAUUUGACAUGUGUGAGUGGACGUCAGAAGCAUCUGCUGGCCAAAUUUCCUGGAUGUGCACAAAAGCAAGAGAGAUCCCUGCAUUCGAAUCCACACCUCAGCAGGAUCAAGGAGGUGAUGAUGAAGGUUAUUAUGUAUGGGUAGGCGCUAAGCAUGCUUUCACUCUUAACCAUUUAGACAGCAGGGCUUACCUAAAUAGCUCUGUGUGUCAUUGCCUGUGCAAGAGCUGUCAUCUUCAAUUCUAUUAUGCAAUGGAAAGCAGUGUCCUGAGAGUAAGACUGUAUAAUAAUAAGGAAGAAGAAAUAUUUUGGACAUACAACAUAUCAACUCACAGCCAAUGGGUGAAAGCAGAUGUGUUAAUACCAGAAGAUCUGAAGACACUUAAGAUUACUUUUGAAGGGACUCUUUAGAGCCAGAGAAGUUUUAUUGCCCUUGAUCACCUCUGGGUCUAUGCCUGUGGACAGACCCAAUCCAGAAAGCUUUGCUCUGCAGACGAAUUCCCUUGCACUAGUGGCCAGUGCAUCGCCAAAGAAUCUGUCUGUGACUCUCGGCAGGACUGCUCCGAUGAGAGUGAUGAAGACCCAGCAACUUGCUCAGACUCCAUGGACCAGAGCAUCAGCAUUACCUGGGAACUUAGUGGAAAUGCAGAACCUCAGGCCCUGGCCCAGCCUUACGGAACCAAAAGCUACAUGGAACAAGGUCCCAGGUGAUUUGUCUGCAUAUGAAACUUUGAGAACCACUGUACCAAAGAGGCUUCAGGAAGGAAGACAGCUAGGGGAAGAAACAGAUGGCAUCUAAAAAAAUUGAUUAAAACUAAAGGCAAACAAGUCAGAGUUCUCUCAGGGUAGAAGCAAAAACUCUCUUUACUUUGCUAGUCCUUAAGAGCAUCAAUAUUAAUAAAAUAUUUAUAAUGUGUAUUUGUAAUGUAUAUUAACACAAUAUUUAUAAUAUAAUCCUGUUAGAAUCUAAUAUAUUCUCAUUAAAUGAAAUAUUCCCCAUUCAUUUCCCAUACAUAGCUUUCUUUCUUAUUUCACAGAGAGCUGAUUAACUUCUGGAGGAUUCAUAAAAUAUUUUACUUUUCAUGAUCCAGAAUUUUUCCCAGCUGCACAAUGAAAUUCUUUCUUGUCUGCUCAUAUGCUGUAGUGGUUAAAUAUGCAAGAGAAAGCUUUGUCAUGAUCUUAAAAUAUUACUUUAACUGAUGAACUCUGAGUAAAAUUUCUCUAAAACCAAACAAUAGAUUUUUGAUGUUUAUUAACAUAAUCCUGUAUUAAAUGAGGGCAGUUAAGAUUAAAAUAUAUCUGCACCCUCAUGUUCAUUGCAGCAUUAUUCAAAAUAUCCAGCCAAAACAACUGAAGUCUCUGAGAAUGGAUCAAACAAGUAGGGGGUGUGUGUGUGUGUGUGUGUGUGUGUGUAUAAAAUGUAUAUGUGUUCACAAUGAAAUAUUAUUCAGCAAUAAUGAAGAAAAAACUUGCUAUUUGUGACAAUGAUGAGCCUGGAGGGGAUUAUGCAAAAUGAAAUAACCCAGACAGAGAAAGACAAAUACAGCACGAUCUCACUUAUACAUGGAACCUAAAAAAGUUGAAUUUGUAGAAACAGAGAGUAGAAUGGCAGUUGUCCAGCGCUGAGGCCUGGCCGAAAUGGGGAGGUGUUGGUCAAAAGAUACAAAUUUUCACUUACAAGAUAAAUAAGUUCUGGGAGUCUAGUGUACAGCCUGGUGACUAUAGUUAAUAACACAGUAUUGUAUACUUGAAAUUUGCUGAGAGUAGAUCUGAAAUGUUCUGAUCACUCACACAAAAGGUAACUAUAUGAUGAAAUGAUGCUAAUUAGCUUUACUGUGGUAAUCCUUUCUCUAUGUAUAUGUAUAUCAAAACAUUACAUUGCGUACCUUAGUUACAAUUUUGUUUGUCACUUAUACAUCAAUAAAGCUUAAAAAAUUAAUACAUAUAUAUGCAAUAUGUUUUAAAAAUCUCUAUCAAAAUAAUUAAAAUACAACAUGCCAAACAUGUCCAAAGAUACACAUUGGAUCCCUGAACAGUUUAUACAUGAAAUAGAUCUAAUUUUCAGACACACGCUACAACAUGGAUGAACCUUGAAAUAAGCCAGAGACAAAAGGACACGUAUUGUUUGGUCCCAGUUAUAUGAAGUACCUAAAGUAGGCAAACUCAUAGAGACAGAUAGUAAAAUGGUGGUUGCCAGGGUUUGAGGGGAGGGGAUAUGGAAAGUAUUGCUUAAUGGGGGUGGAGAUUCAGUUUGGGAAUGAAAAAGUUCUGGAGAUGGAUGGUGGUAAUGGUUGUACAACAAUGGGAAUGUACCUAAUACCAUAGAAGCUUACAUUAAAAAUUGUUAAAAUGUUACAUUUAUGUCAUGUAUAUUUUACCACAAUAAAAUACACAUUUGUAUUUAUAUAUAAAAUUUCAAUAACUCAUAUAGGAAAAAAAUAUAUAUAUAUAGAAUCUACUUCACUGUGUUCCAAAAAAGUUGGCAUGAUAGAUAUAUCUUCAAAUCAAAAUAGUUCAGGAAAUUCCAUGAAAAAGGGGUUUUUUUAAUUAUAGGACUUUAAAAACAAUUUUAAAUGCUAAUAUGAAUUGUGUACCUUCACAGGGGACAUUGGUAUAAUAGUCAAAUGAAAGAAAUUUAAACCAAGGAUCUUGUAUGAUGCAUUAAUUUUUACUGUGAUAUUGUCUCCAGAUGUCUUUCAUGUAAAAAAAAAAGUUGGGCCGGGUGCGGUGGCUCACGCCUGUAAUCCCAGCAUUUUGGGAGGCUGAGGCAGGUGGAUCACGAGGUCAGGAGAUCGAGACCAUCCUUGCUAACACAGUGAAACCCCAUCUCUACUAAAAAUAUAAAAAAUUAGCCGGGCGUUGUGGUGGGCGCCUGUAGUCCCAGCUACUCGGGAGGCUGAGGCAGGAGAAUGGCGUGAACCCGGGAGGUGGAGCUUGCAGUGAGCCAAGAUUGCACCACUGCACUCCAGCCUGGGCCUCAGAGCGAGACUCUGCCUUAAAAAAAAAAAAAAAAAAAAAAAAAAAGACAAAAGAUAACA